UUUUGUUAUUCUUUGCAGGUGAUCAUGUUACAAUUUGCUCUUUGCUUGAUGUUAAUUCUUCAUGGAAAGGGUUCAAUAGGGAAACCUUUGACUCCUGACGAUGUUGAAGAUUUACUUCCACCCGACCCACGCGACAAGAAUGAAACGAUAGCAGCCAUUGUCCAGGAUCCAGUUAUCCAAGAUGCCGUGCAUCACACAGUUAGCAAUGGAUCCUUAAACGGAUUGGUGAUCAAGAAGCACGUUUUCAUAAUGCCGGCUACCAAUCCCAAUUUGAUACUUUCCAAACGUGAACAUCUUCUGGUCGUUCCUACCGAGAACUUGCAAGAUGUAAAAAAAAAUAUUACCGAGGCCAAGGAAGCAGAGGCUCAAACUCAAGAAUCUUUGCCAGAAAAUCAAGCAUUCUUAGAGGACGAUGAGAGUCAAUACUUAUCAGAGGGAAAUGAAAACGAUUCGAAAGAAAAUAAAGAUACGUCCUUCCCAGAGCCAAGCGCGGACCAAUCAUCGAACGAGAAACGCAAAAGCGAAACGGAAUUCUUGAAAAACAAGCUUGCACGUGAGAUCUCGUUACCGCAAGAUUCUUCCUCGAUGAAAGUGGCCGUCCCUAUUGUCGCGGUCAUUGAUCCCUCGAACGCUGAAAAGGGCCAAGUGAAAAGUCCCAUCGUGGCCGUUUUACCUCAUCAUGUUAAGAGCGACGAAUUGAACAAUCAAAUUCAAUUCCUAAAGGAUAAUAGCGAAAAGAUUCAGGAAAAGGCUCAGGAUUACGUCGAUCAGAGCUCGUUAACGAUUACUCCCAAUUAUUGGAAAUUUUCAACGCCAACAUCCGAGAUUAUCGCUUCAUCGCCAAUAUACGAUCCAGUUUCACCUUACGCGGAUCGAGGAGCUUCGAAUCCAAGUUCAAUCACAAAUGAAAUGUUUUUGACGCCAUUAAUCGUAUCGCAGUGGGAAAUGCUCGCGCCAUCUGUAGAGGGCGAUCGAACGGAUUACACAGGAGAAACAGGUGACAUGGAUGUAGCUGAAGAUAUUAUAUUUAGACCUCUGUUCAGAUACCGACAGGAAACGCAGCAGCGGUCUAAAUACUAUGACGAAAGCAAUCGGCGAUAUAGUUACACACCGUAUCGAAACUAUGAUAACUAUUAUCCGAGACGCUCUUUUUACAGACCUCAGUACAACGAUUAUUAACGACGUGGAUUGAGAACGAGUGAGAAUGACGGAAAGAGAAAAACUUGUGUUUGGAAAGCUGUUGAGAAAAAAA